AUGCCAGACAUUACACUAUACUUCCUGCAGGCUUCUCGUUCCAUCCGUACAGCCUGGCAACUCGAAGAACUAGGCCUAGACUACAAAGUCGAAUUCUCAGAACGCGAAAACGGAAAAGCGCCCCAGCACUUCAAAGACAACUCUGGCGACGCACUGGGCAAGUUUCCUCUACUCAAAGAUGGAGACUUGAUAGUGGGAGAAAGCGGCGCCAUAGCCGAGUAUGUUGACGCCCCAAGCCCACGAAGCCUUGUUGCGGGAUUCGCUGACGAUAGACACCACAGAUAUCUUUGCGAAAAAUACGAUACCGAGAAUAAACUGCUUCCUAGAGAAGAGGGCAUGCGUGUGCAGUGUUUGCGCUGGAUCCACGCAUCGGAAGCCACGUAUGCGCUGCACGCGCUAGCCAUCCUCUACACGCGCUGGUUUGGCGCCGACAACCCCGCUGCCGCAGAGAAGAUUGAACAAGGCAUGUCCGUAAACGUGUGCAAAGACAUGGAUUUUCUGGAAGCGGAGUUGGGAAAGAGUAAAGGAAAGUUCUUGGUCGGGGAUAGUGUUACAGUGGCAGACUGUAUGAUGCUAUUCUCGGCGCAGUUUGUUCUGAUGAGGGAGUUGGGGACGAAGGGGAGAAAGUGGGAGAGGAUUGACAAGUGGAUUGCGGAUUGUGAGAGCACGGAGAGCUACAAGAGAGCUGUUGAGAAGACAGGACACAAGUUGUAG